GAUAUCGAUAUGCACUGAAUACAUGGAUGGUAAAUUCUUAUUGAUUCUAAACAUUCUCUAACACAUAACUUCAAUAUGGCUGCAUCUUAAUGUAUGUACAUCUUUUGUCGUUUCAGGAGGAUCCCUAGAAAUAUAUGGAGAAAUUCCUGAACCUGUUCUAGGCAGAAUAUCUGUGGCUGUAAGCUCAAGUUAAUUGCUCUACAAACACUUGUGUAAUCCAUUAAGCUGUCAUACACCCUGAUGUCCCCUCUAUAUUAAUUUGAUUAUUAGAGAGGUUUAAUAUUUACCAUUGAUGGUAUUUUCCUGUGCACAGGAAAAAUAAUAAAGUACCAUUUAAUGGUAAAUAUUGAAACAUCCUCAAAUCGUAACCUCUUCAUGACCUUGAUUUCUCAGCAAGUAUUUUACGUACACUCACCAAACGUGGAAGGCAAAUAGAGCAGGUCUCUGCCAAUUAUCGUAUGGAAUUUGAAUCAUUUGAUGGCAAUACAUUCAAUAUACCUUUGGAAUGGCAAACAUAGAAGGCAAAUAGAAUAGGUUAAGAUUGGAGAUUUUUAAAGUUUUAAUGAGUUCAUUUCCUUUGUAGGUCGUGAAAGGUUUAGUUUAUUUAUGGCAGUUAAAAAUCAUGCACAGAGGUAUGAAUAUCAUAUUAGAAUACCUCUCUAUUUACAAUUAUAUUAUUUCAAGCUAUUAUUUUUUCGUUUGCUACAAUACUAAAGUUCUCAAAUGACAAUUUGUUUUCAGACGUGAAGCCAUCGAAUAUCUUAGUGAACACUAGAGGCCAGAUUAAAUUGUGUGAUUUUGGUGUCAGCACUCAGGUAUCAAUUGUUAAACCCCAUAUAGAUGAACAAGUCUUCCUUGACAAAUUUUCCUUGACAAAUUUCCUUGACAGGUUUUCCUUGACAACUUUCCCUGACAAGUUUUCUCUGACAAGUUUCCUUGACAAGUUUAGCUUCUCGUGUGUAUGGUCAACAAAUUUUCUUUAACAAGUUUUCUUGACAAGUUUUCUUAACAAAUUUUCUUUAACAAGUUUUCUUGACAAGUUUCCCUGGCAAGUUUAGCUUCUCGUGUGUAUGGUCAACAAAUUUUCUUUAACAAGUUUCCUUGGCAAGUUUAGCUUCUCGUGUGUAUGGUCAACAAAUUUUCUUUAACAAGUUUUCUUGACAAGUUUUCUUAACAAAUUUUCUUUAACAAGUUUUCUUGACAAGUUUCCCUGGCAAGUUUAGCUUCUCGUGUGUAUGGUCAACAAAUUUUCUUUAACAAGUUUCCUUGGCAAGUUUAGCUUCUCGUGUGUAUGGUCAACAAAUUUUCUUUAACAAGUUUUCUUGACAAGUUUUCUUAACAAAUUUUCUUUAACAAGUUUUCUUGACAAGUUUCCCUGGCAAGUUUAGCUUCUCGUGUGUAUGGUCAACAAAUUUUCUUUAACAAGUUUCCUUGGCAAGUUUAGCUUCUCGUGUGUAUGGUCAACAAAUUUUCUUUAACAAGUUUUCUUGACAAGUUUUCUUAACAAAUUUUCUUUAACAAGUUUUCUUGACAAGUUUCCCUGGCAAGUUUAGCUUCUCGUGUGUAUGGUCAACAAAUUUUCUUUAACAAGUUUCCUUGGCAAGUUUAGCUUCUCGUGUGUAUGGUCAACAAAUUUUCUUUAACAAGUUUUCUUGACAAGUUUUCUUAACAAAUUUUCUUUAACAAGUUUUCUUGACAAGUUUCCUUGGCAAGUUUAGCUUCUCGUGUGUAUGGUCAACAAAUUUUCUUUAACAAGUUUUCUUGACAAGUUUCUUUGGCAAGUUUAGCUUCUCGUGUGUAUGGUCAACACAUUUUCUUUGACAAGUUUUCUUUAACAAGUUUUCUUGACACGUUUUCCUUGACAAGUUUCCUUGGCAAGUUUAGCUUCUCGUGUGUAUGGUCAACAAAUUUUCUUUAACAAGUUUUCUUGACAAGUUUCCUUGGUAAGUUUAGCUUCUCGUGUGUAUGGUCAACAAAUUUUCUGUAACAAGUUUUCUUGACAAGUUUAGCUUCUCGUGUGUAUGGUCAACAAAUUUUCUUUAACAAGUUUUCUUGACAAGUUUCUUUGGCAAGUUUAGCUUCUCGUGUGUAUGGUCAACACAUUUUCUUUAACAAGUUUUCUUUAACAAGUUUUCUUGACAAGUUUACCUUGACAAGUUUCCUUGGCAAGUUUAGCUUCUCGUGUGUAUGGUCAACAAAGUUUCUUUAACAAGUUUUCUUGACAAGUUUCCUUGGCAAGUUUAGCUUCUCGUGUGUAUGGUCAACAAAUUUUCUGUAACAAGUUUUCUUGACAAGUUUAGCUUCUCGUGUGUAUGGUCAACACAUUUUCUUUAACAAGUUUUCUUGACAAGUUUACCUUGACAAGUUUCCUUGGCAAGUUUAGCUUCUCGUGUGUGUGGUCAACACAUUUUCUUUAACAAGUUUUCUUGACAAGUUUCCUUGGCAAGUUUAGCUUCUCAUGUGUAUGGUCAACACAUUUUCUUUAACAAGUUUUCUUUAACAAGUUUUCUUGACAAGUUUUCCUUCACAAGUUUAGCUUCUCGUGUGUAUGAUCAACAAAUUUUCUUUAACAAGUUUUCUUGACAAGUUUACCUUGACAAGUUUCCUUGGCAAGUUUAGCUUCUUCUCGUGUGUAUGGUCAACAAAUUUUCUGUAACAAGUUUUCUUGACAAGUUUCCUUGGCAAGUUUAGCUUCUCGUGUGUAUGGUCAACAAAUUUUCUUUAACAAGUUUUCUUGACAAGUUUCCUUGGCAAGUUUAGCUUCUCGUGUGUAUGGUCAACAAAUUUUCUUUAACAAGUUUUCUUGACAAGUUUCCUUGGCAAGUUUAGCUUCUCGUGUGUAUGGUCAACAAAUUUUCUUUAACAAGUUUUCUUGACAAGUUUCCUUGGCAAGUUUAGCUUCUCGUGUGUAUGGUCAACAAAUUUUCUUUAACAAGUUUUCUUGACAAGUUUCCUUGGCAAGUUUAGCUUCUCGUGUGUAUGGUCAACAAAUUUUCUUUAACAAGUUUUCUUGACAAGUUUCCUUGGCAAGUUUAGCUUCUCGUGUGUAUGGUCAACAAAUUUUCUUUAACAAGUUUUCUUGACAAGUUUCCUUGGCAAGUUUAGCUUCUCGUGUGUAUGGUCAACAAAUUUUCUUUAACAAGUUUUCUUGACAAGUUUCCUUGGCAAGUUUAGCUUCUCGUGUGUAUGGUCAACAAAUUUUCUUUAACAAGUUUUCUUGACAAGUUUCCUUGGCAAGUUUAGCUUCUCGUGUGUAUGGUCAACAAAUUUUCUUUAACAAGUUUUCUUGACAAGUUUCCUUGGCAAGUUUAGCUUCUUCUCGUGUGUAUGGUCAACAAAUUUUCUUUAACAAGUUUUCUUGACAAGUUUCCUUGGUAAAUUUAGCUUCUCGUGUGUAUGGUCAACAAAUUUUCUUUAACAAGUUUCCCUUGACACUUGUCAAGGUUUCCUUAGCGACCAUACACACGAACGUGCAAAUAUCGUCAAGUUUUUGCCGCACACACGAGCAAAUAUUUCUGCCUUAUAGCCUUGCUGCAAGUGAAUCGUUUGUAUUCUGUUGAAAUCUAACGUGUUUUCCAAUUUAUUUCAGCUUGUGAACUCGAUAGCCACGACGUACGUCGGAACUAAUGCUUACAUGGCUGUAAGUAUGAUCUCUCCUUUGACCUAAAUUCUUCCCCUGUUUUUGAGGACUUUCAUUGACAAGUACUGUAAUUACAAUUGCAGUAGACACAUUUUUAAUUGUCGCCCUACCAGCGCAUAUGAUGCCACGGUCAGUCGGUCACCACGCUCGCCUUUCAUGCUGAGGGAUCCGGGUUCAAUCUAGGGGUGCACCGGAUUUCAAAUCCGGCCGGAAUUCCGGCCGUAUUUAACCAAUUUUCCGGUAUCCGGCAUCCGGCCGAAUUUGGAGAAAAUCCGGCCGGAUUUAAAUUUCUGUUUUCACCUUAAAAAAUUCAGCAAGAAUGGGAUAAACCAUCAAUUUGGCAGCUUUAAAGUUUAAAAAACACUUAUAUUAUUAUAAAAUAUUAAAUUAUUAACAAAAAUAUAUUUGAAAAAGGUUUAAACACAAUCAAAAAUCUAAACUGACACUAACUAAAAAUAGUAAAAAGCAUAAACCGCCAUUUUGAAUACUGAUUUAUCCCCAAUUGUCCCCAUUACCGGUUUAUCUCAAAUCCGGCCGGAAUUCCGGCCGGAAUUUUUGUCCAAAUCCGGUAAAUCCGGUUCCGGCCGGAUUUGAAAGUUCCAAAUCCGGUGCACCCCUAGUUCAAUCCUUGGUCGGACCUCUACUAUAACGUCUUAAAAUAACGGAGGAGAAAGAGCUACCUUUACAUGGUUAGACUUUCGCGUCUUCUCAGUUAACGACGUUAAAAUCGCAGGUACCUUGGAUCCCCUAUCAAUCGGGCAAUAGCCUGACAACUUGGGACAAGCAGUGCGAACACAACUUGUUGACAGUUUGGUGGCAGACUUGCUACAAGGUGUGAGAUUUUUACGCUUAUUAUUAGCAUGACAAAAUUACUAGAUGCUGAUUGGUUGAGAGUACAAUUAAUGAUUUUUCCAAAACAAACAAAAUGGCGGAAAUGUAUUUUAAACACAAAUGUGAAAUGCAAUUUCCCUAGAGGAACUAGAUGAAAAUACGAACAAAAGCACCAAAUUUUGCUUUAAAAGAACAAAAUGAAAAUACGUCCAAAAGCACCAAAUUUUGGUUGAAAGUAUGGCAGCCGGGCUUUGGCGAGAGAAUAUGAUGUUGACAUUGAUAAGUAUCCAAUUUUGUCAUGCUAAUAAUAAACAAGUAAUCAACAUCACUCGUACUAUAUUAAUCCCUAAUUGUACUCGCCAUCGCAUGAUUACCUAUACUAAUAUAGAUACGGCCUUGGUUACAAGAGACAGAGCUAAUGCUAAAGUCACCAUCAGAGUCAUCAGAUAAUGCUUAAAAUAAAGCCAGUUAUUCUUUAUUUGAUAUCGACGUGUUUCUCUUAUUCAGCCUGAACGUGUGUUAGGUGGAGAAUACAGUAUUCGUUCUGAGGUUUGGAGUCUUGGAAUUUCCGUUUUAGAAAUGGCUCUGGGAAGAUUUCCUUACUGUAAGGUAUGCUAGCUAUUGUAAGGCACCAGGGCUACAGGUUCCAUUCCUGCCAGAGGGUAUAUAUAUAGUUGCAUUUUUUCCAACUGCUCCUGGUUAGAGUAGGUCUAUAAAUUUACGUUCGAAAAUUUAUCAACAAAAAAACCAAAGGCUGACAGUCCUAUCGAACGAGAUACCCAAAAUUCUCGAUAUUUUCCCCAGCUGUCGUUAGCCUAGGCUCGGUUUCAGACUUUCAGCCGGUAGGUCGUUCCUCCACAGAACGACUGGACCGAGCCUAUUGUUCAGUAGGAAUUUUUUGCAUGCACCCUACUAGAAAUAUUUCCACCCCUCCUUUUAAAAAAAUGAAAAUUCGCCCUUGAUUUGAGGGAAAUGACUCCUUGUUUAAAAAUUAACACUGAACAAGUUCCCUCAAACAUUUCUUACAAAUUCUUCAAAACUUUGAUAGUGUAAACCACAGUAUAAUUAUCCACAAGUUCAUUAUUAUUUUAUUUUAACUAGUAUCUUCUGUAAUUUUAUGUACCACAUUUUGUAUUUUUAGGAAAAUUCAGAACCAAAAGUGUUUCUGGUAUGUUAUACUUGGUAAUUUGUAAGUGAGUUUGACCACAAUAUCUUUGUGACAUUUCUAUUUUCAUCAUUUUUCAGCCGAUUGAACUCAUGCAGUGUAUCGUAAAUGAGGUGAGUGCGCGAUAGCCCCCGAAGCCCGCUAUUCCCCAGGCCCUUAGAACGAGAACGCCGCAGAGAUACAAGGCAUAAAAAUCCUAUUCGUGGCUAAGUAUUUCAUUUAAGACAAGGAGGUUUCAUUUACGUGGUUGAAGAUUUGCAAAACAAUCUGAUGUGGUUUAUGUUUGAAAAAGAUGAUAUACGAGUACUUCAUUCAGGGUGUCCACGGGCCUUGAAAAUCCUGGAAAGUCCUUGAAUUUUGGAAAAAAAUUCCGGGACUGGAAAGUCCUUGAAAAUCAUGCAGUAGAAGUCCUUGAAAGUCCUGGAAUUAAUUUCCUUAACCUCCAGCUGUACCAACAUUAGUGAUUUUGCGUUUUCAAAGAGGGGCAAAUCCGUGCCAUUUUCAAAGAUUUUUCCCAGUUCUAGGGCCUUGAAAGUCCUGGAAAAGUCCUUGAAUUUCACCUUCACCAAAGGCAGGGUUCGUAGCGGUCUUUGAAAUCCUUGAAAGUCUUUAAAUUGGAAUGCAGAUCUUUGAGGUCUUUGAAAAGUCUUUAAAUUGUGUGAAAAAGCGAAGAAAGUCUUAAACGUCUUUGAAUUCUUUAGUGAGUAUUUGAUUAUACGAUUUCCUAGCUAAUAAAAUAGAUUGGUUGAAGCAAGAUUUUCGUAAAUAUCGACGAAAAGGCGCAUUUUAGGAUGUGAUUUGACGGGACUAAUUACUGGAUAAAAAUGGUGUUUGCACUCGACAGCUGAUUGCCCUCAAAGGUCUUUGAAAAGUCUUUGAAAAUACAGGCAGAAAAAAUCUUUGAAAGUCUUUGAAUUUUUUUGGUCUUGGAGACUACGAACCCUGAAAGGGUGGACAGGGUGUCCAUUAAUUUUGAUAUAUUUAUACAUUGUAUCCUAGAGUCCUCCAAGUUUGCCAGUUGAGAAAUUCUCACCAGACUUUGUGACAUUUGUUAGCAUUUGGUAAGUUUGCAAACUCUGUCUUUGUAACAUUCAGGUAAUCGUUUGGAUAAUCCUGUGUUGUUUAUUCUCUUCUUAGCAUGCAGAAAUCCAUAAAAUCAAGACCUACCCCUGAAGAAUUAAUGGUAAAGUCUUACUACAGACUUCUUACUUCUUAAUAUUCUUUCUUGUUCAUAUACUUGUGGUCAGAGCUCGACGACUGGUCUCUGUAGCUCAGUUGGUUAGAGCCAUAGAUAUCUUAUGUACACUAGAUAGCGCAUCUCUUUAAAUAAAAUUGAAGCCAAGAAUAUUACAGCGGUUACCCCCAUUUGAAUAGAUGGCGGCCAUGUUGGCGUUUCCCACUCGCUAAUAAACGCUUAAAAAAAACAACAAUAACUUUCAACAUUUGAAUAGUUUGAAAAUGUAUUUGGAAUAGGUUUAACUUAAUGUUUAAGUUCCCUGUUUAAGAAAUAGAAAACAUACGAAUCUUCUCAUUUCAUGGGAAUAUCCCGAGUCUGCAAUCACGGCUUCAAUUUUUGAAUUGCAGACUAAUUAGAUGCACUAUCUAGUGUAUAUAAGAUAUCUAUGGUUAGAGUCCUGCACCGGAAUCGCAGGUUAGAUUCCUGCUAGGGACCUACAGUUGCAUUUUUCGAAGUUGUUGGUUAGGUCUAAUAAAUGUAUAUGAAAUUUACACUCGAUAAUUUUCAUCUAGAAAAUCCUUCAAAUAUAUAUAUACCGGGUGUCCCAAAAAAACUGGCCACUGUUUGAUUUCAUGUAGCGCAAAAGCUAUAAAAGUUAUCGAAAUGAAAUAAACAUCAUUGCAUUCAGAAAGGACUAACUAAGAUUUUGAUAUAUAUUGACGGCGAUAUUGAUGUUUGAACGUUGAAAUACUAUUUUAAAAAAUGCCAAAAAUUGUUUGAAAUUAUAGUAUAAUUAGGGACCGGUCAUUAUUUAUGACGGGGGGUGGCACCGAAGAGAAAAGGGUUGGGUAAACAAACUUUUGAGUAAGUAAAAGGUUGGGUAAAUGAAGAACAAAACAACUCAAAGGUUGGGUAAUAAAAAAUUAUUGUCAUUUCCAAAGCAUGACUCACUUAAAUAUUGGAGACUGAAAAGCAAUGUCAACAGUCAUAUGUAAAUACAAUAUGUGAAUCAAUCAGAGUCACUCUCUUGUCUAUCUUGAUCAUUUUCCGAUUUGUUGGGAGACAAAUGGUGUCUCCAAAGAAAGUACAUGUGCAGACAACAUGAAACUUUAGACUGCAGAAAAUUGCACAAGCAGUUAUCAAACUCGUGUCACAGAAGUGGUAAAGGACAUGUGUGACAACUGAAUGGUAUCCUUUUGUAAAGGUUUUGGCCAGGGGUGGGUAUUUAUUUUCUAAUUGAUAUUUGAGGUUGGGUAAUCAAAUUUUUGACUUUCUAAUGGUUGGGUCAGCAAAAUUUUCGACACGAAAAACAUUUUUGCCGGGUUUUCACCAAUUCUUAAAACGCAUUCCACAUUCAAACAUUUGUAUCUCGCUUAAUAUUGCAUGUAAAUUCAAGUGUUAUAUGUCAAAAUCUAAGCUAGUCCUUUCUGAAUGCAAUGAUCUUUAUUUACAUUUCCAGCUUUUUUUUUGAACACCCGGUAGUUUAAAGCUGGAGUAAUACGAGCAACAAAAUUGCUGCAACUUGCAACAAAAUCUGAUUUCAACGCAUGUUAAGCAGAAAUGUCGACACAUGUUGCCUCGUGAUUUGUAAUUUAUGUGUACACAUUUUCAAUUAACAUGCGUUGAAAUCAGAUUUUGUUGCAAGUUGCAGCAAUUUUGUUGCCCGUAUUACUGCACCUUAAUCUAUAGCCUGCCAUGCUUAAGGUCUUGUUUACACUAUAUCAAAGUUUCUGUGAUCACAGUAGAAAUUUUGCAUGGGUAAAUUCUAUGUCCUGAAGGAUUUGUAAGAAAUGUUUGAGGGAACAGACGUAGUGUUUAUCAUUAAGCCAGUUCCUCAAACAUUUCUCACAAAUCCUUCAAAACUUACCUAUGCAAAAUUUCUACUGUGAUCACAGAAACUUUGAUAGUUUCUUUGAUCGGGCUUUGCAUGAUCGAAAUAUAGUUUUUUUCUGUGUUGGUGUUGUGUACUCAGGUGAAUAUGCUGUUUGUGAUGUUACUCUGAGUGUAUAUCCACACCGGGCAAGCUUGAAAAAUACACCUGACCACGGUGGGAAUCGAACCUACGACCUUUGGAAUACUAUAGCCCAAUGCUCUGCUAACUGAGCUACGCGGUCAGGUCGGUUCGAGUAAGUGAUAUUUCGGAAAAGAAUCUAACCGCGACCUGAUCGCGUAACUCAGUUGGCAGAGCAUUGGGCUAGUAUUCCAAAGGUCGUAGGUUCGUUUCCCACCGUGGUCAGGCAUAUUUUUCAAGUCUGCCCGGUGUGGAUAUACACUCAGAGUAACAUCACAAACACCGAAAUAUAGUUGUCAGAGCUUUGUUGCACAGUUGCUCAGCUAGCAAUCAAAGAUUUUCGGGAAAAAUUUACCCACCUUCUCUAAGGUAAAGCAAUCGUAUAUAUAAGUAUAAUUUUCUAUCUAUACUGUUGUGUUCUAGGAGCAUCCAUUUAUCCUGCUGAACAACGAUGAUAAUAUAGAGAUCGUCUCGAUGUGGGUUUGUAGAAAACUAGAAGAAAUCAGAGCACGAUCUCAGAGCCUAGACAGUCCAAGUCAAAGUGAACCAAUGAUACAUUAGUCAAUGUGUAUAGUGCAGGUAUUUCAAACGUGGAGUCCAGUGUAGGUAUAGUAUUCUACACGCGUAAACAUCUCACAUCUUGUAGAAAGUCUGCCAACAAGCCGUCAACAAGUUGUGUUCGCACUGCUUGUCUCAAGUUGUCAACAAGUUUGGAAGAAGCUGCUAACAAUUUGUAACAACCUUGUUGGUAUUAUCAGGCUUGUUACAAGGUUGUUCCAACAAGUCCGAUACAGUCAUGAUAUAUAGCAGUAUUGUUACAACCCUGUGUCGUCAAGCUUGUAACAUUCUUGUUAUAUCAUGACUGUAUCAGGUCUGUUAUAGAACAACCUUGUAACAAGUCUGAUAAUGCCAUCAAGCUUGUUACAAGUUGUUAACAGCUUGGUCCCAACAUGUUACAACAAUUGGAAACAAGCAGUGUGAUCACAACUUGUCGACAGCUUGUGAACUGAUUUGUAACAACUUGUUUGCAGACUUGUAACAACUUGUGCGUUUUUACGCGUGUACAAUGGUUGGCCUUUCAGUAAGCAGCGCAUGGUAAUAUCAAACUCAAUUAUUGGCCAACGACUAAAUUGAGUAAAUUAGCAAACCAUAUUGCUUUAAUUUGCUCACCACAUGAUAAUACUGGAUACUGAUCUUCCAUAUUGAUUCAGUCCUAUAGGACUGAAUCAAAAUCAAUUCGGUCUUGGACUGGAUCAUAAUGAAUUCACCUUACUCUAAGUAGUGAUUUAUUCGUAUGAGAUGUCGUUUCAAAUCCUCCAAUUCGGGCUGGACUAGAUUUCAAGUCCGCGUAUUAUGAUCCCAGUCCUUGAAACUCAGGUCGGCAUUCGGCAAUGCCGACCUAAAUGCCGACCUGCAAAGCGAUAUGUGUAGAUUUAGGUCAGCAAAAUUUUGCCGACUUACUUUCAAAUACGCCUCGGCAUUUUUUUCCGCGAACGCAUCUUUCACACAUGCAUUUUCAACGAUGAUGUUUUAAUUUACAAACAUUGCAGUUUCAUUGUUGAAAGGUGAUACUUGAAACUUUGAAAAGUAAACAUCGUGUUAAAAUCAUCGAGCUUCAAGAUUUAAGCGAAAGUGUGUGGUAAAAUAAUAAAGUAGUGUACGGUUUGUCCCAACAUUUGGUCACAACAAGCACUGUUCGAUUGGAGUUCAUACAUUUUGUUAGUUGUUUUGUUUGCUACUGGCAUUGAUUGCAAUUAAUCGCUGUUUAUAAAUACGCGUAUUUGCAGCAAGCAAAUUUUCAUUCGGAUAUUGUCUAAUUGUUUUCAAAAUAUUUGCCGACCUAGAUUGAGAAUUAUCGCUUCAAGUUUCGAGGACUGUGAUCCAGUCCUCGGCUCUGAUCGUGAUUACAGAAAUUUUGAUAGUGUCACAGAGUACUAACCAUAUAUACAGAGGUUUCACUUCGCGAGAAAAAAACGUAUAUAUCUGGCGGCCAUGUUCUUAGCAUGUGCCCUAAAGAGAGGUAUUCACCCUCCUGGAACAUUAAAUUUCAAUAUGUUUUCAGGGGUGUGACAACCUCUCUUUAGGGCACUUGCUAAGAACAUACAGGUCAUAGCGGACCGGAAAAAUCGCUUAGGCUCAAGUUAAUAAGAAGUGAAAAAAUUCGAAGAAUUACUCUUCGCGCCAGGAGUUGGUUUUUAAUCUUUCUAAUUGUUAGUCAGUUCAGACACAAACCACUGCAAUUUAACCGUGUAUUUAUAGUCAUGAAUAAUUUAAGACAAGUAUAUAUAAUUUACUGUAAAGUAUUGAAAUUAGAUCAAUCGAUGAAAAAAAUGAAAUAUUUGAAAUGAUGUGUUCAAUUGGUAUUUUGUGACCAGAGCUAAAUGCCGUUGCAUUUGUCAAUUGC